AUGGCGAAUCUUUCCGAUCUUCCUUGGGAGAUCCGAGAUAUGAUAUGGAACCUCGUCCCACGGGAUGAUCAUCCAGGAGUUCAUAUCUUUGGACACUACGAUGAGAACAAGAAAGGCAUGGCUGAGGGCCGUUCCAUGAUGCAUGGCAGCCACUUUAGCGGUGUACUAUCUGAGCCGCCACCCCACAGAUACUUCAACAGCUUGGACAAGGACCGCGGGAACGAGAACAUGUCCACGUAUCUCAUUGACGGUGCAAUGUGGACAACCUGCAAACACUCGCGACUUAUCAUCGAAAAGCAUUUCAGCCAGUAUAAGUGGCCUGACGAUCGACUUUUCCCUUUUCGAACUGGUUAUUGGCCUUCAUGGUCUCCUGAAUAUCCUUACCAAGCAGUGUUUCAAGUACCUUCGACGGGAUACUUUGAAGGAGGCCCUCCACACUACUUGACGGUCUUCCCUCGCAGAGACCUUUUUGUUUCCCAACCUGAUAAACUAGGUGGCAUAGAUUGGUACUGGGUAGCGUCUAGUCCAACCCGCGCAGGAACUCGGCCGCCUUUCCGAAGACUCCAGCACAUCGCAAUCGAGUUUAACCCGGAUUGGUGGGAGUCUGUAAAGCCAUGGGCGGACACAUCGAUACCAGACCGCAGUCCCUCGAUUGAAUUCGUACGGCAGUUCAGAGAGUGGACUGUCCAAGAAGAGUGCGACAGAUUUUGGAGCGACAGAAUUAUGAUCCCUAAUGGACAUUCCCGGAGUACAGUCCAUGGUGUACGUGUUCGGAGUCGCACUGGUCACUGCAAAAUCGGACUUCUUGGCUGGGAAGCACUGUGA